AAAAACAUCAAGAAAAACUUGCAAAACACUGAACUCUAAAUUAAUAAACGACGUCGUAACCAGGGUCACACUACCGCGCUGCAUCACCUUCUUCAACCUCUUCAUAGGGCGCCAAUACACACGCAUUUUUUUCUCGAUUGUUUUUGUUAUAAAACCAGAAAUUCUUCCACAUACACCAAUUUAAGAUCUCGACUCUUCCUAAUUCUGGGAUUAAAAUCUUGAAAAAAUAGAAUUUUGAGGUAAUUUAGGGCAAAAUUUGUUGAAAAUGGAGGGAAAAAAGAAGCAAUUGAAGCCAGAAAGACAACCCCUCAAAACCCUUCAUAUCUCUUGGAAAGAAAAGUUAAAGGAGAGCUGUUACCGGAGGGUUAAAGAAGAUAGAAGUCAGCUUUUAUGGAGUUUCAGAUCACCUCUCAAUCAAUCUUCUGCUAAACAGGAAUCAAUCAAGUCUGCUUUUGAGGGUAUAGUUUCUGAUGAGUUGAAAAAGAUUAAGAACCAGUAUUCUGAUUCUUCAGAAUUUCCAAGUUCUUUGUCAGGAGAAGAUGACGUUUUAUGGGAAUAUGAUGGUACCCAAACAGCUAAUAAAGGUGAAUGUGAAGAGAUUUUGCUAGAAAUGCAAAGGAUCUUCUAUGAAGAUAUAAGAUUGGAGCUGAGUGAAAAAGGUAUGCUCCACCCUCUCGCAAAAGCCUUUUCAGAAGCGGAGGAAUCCAUUAUCUUGGAGGAUGAAGAAGACGAGUACUUGGCUUCUGCAGUUAAUGAGUAUAUGCAGUUAAAUGAUAGAAAGUCAUGGAAGGAGCAAAUCUGGUGUCCGGUCUGCAAGAAGGGAGAAUUACAAGAGAAUGAGCAUCUUAUAUAUUGCAAUCUUUGUCAUCUUAAGCUCAACCGAGGAGAUGAGGUAAACCUGAGCUUGUUGAGGGAUCGACUAGCAGAAGCUCAUGAAGAACAUCUUGAUAGAGGCUGCAGAUCCAAACCUAAGUUCUGUAUCGAAACUGUAUUUGAUCUAACUGCAUUGUACAUUCAAUGUCAGCUUUGUGCUACAUUUGAGAUUGUAAUAUAACCCGCCUUUUGAGCCAUUAAUUUGUCCGGAUUUUUUUUUUAAUUUUCUCGAGGAUUUUUGUAUUGUAACAUAUUUGCUAGGCUGAUAUAUGACUUGUUAUAGGCUGUAGAUGUGGUUUCUUACCCUCUUCACAGGGCAAAAAAUGGAUAAACACAUGCCACUUUUAUUCACA